CGUUCAAUCAUCUGUUAUUAAACGACCAUUUGCAAUUAUCGAAGCCAAUUGGCCCGUCGAGAAGUCGCCGCCGUCACCGAUCGACUAAGCGAUUGGUCGGCGCGAGAUGAUCGAGAGAUCGCAACGCCUCUCGGAGCAGCUGAGCGCGCGGCGCGGGAAUUUUCAAAUCGAAAUCUUCCGGAAUUGUGCGCACACAUGCGAAAAUACACAAGUGAAAGUAUCGAUAUCGCUGAAGGAUUUCGAACGAACUUUCAACACGGCACGUGUUUUAUUCACAAAACGUGAAAAAAAAACAGGGAUGAAGAAAAAACGACACUUUAAAUUUCGUAUAUUAUCUUGCGAUAUUGAAUUUUAAAAACAAUAACACGUGAAAAAAAAAAGAAACGAAAAGAAAGAGAGAGAGAAAAAGAAAGAGAGAAAGAAUCUCGACGAGAUCGAACGUGAGAGUUAUAAAUAGAUAUGUUGUUUCGAGCGAAUACUUUGAACGCUUGCGAACGACAACACGGCAGCACGUGUCAUGGCGAGCGUUGUUGUGAGAAACGCCAACACAAUUCGAGCGUCUUGCAUCGCGUAGCGCGUAAAUAAUCCGUAAAGUCUGACUGAAAACCGACACGAUGAAGGAAGAUUCUCUGUUGAGUUUCAAGUGGCAAAGCUUCCCGUCGCACAUGGUGGGCUCGCUCGACAACUGUUACGAGAAACAGCAGUUCGUCGAUCUCUCGCUGGUCUGCAAGGACAACACGAUCAUCAAGUGUCACAAAAUGGUACUGGCCAAUUCGAGUUCGUUCUUCCGUCGUUUGCUCGUGGCCAACGAUCAUCCGCAUCCGAUGAUCAUUUUGCACGACAUCGAGGCCGACGAUCUCAAGACACUCGUGAAUUUCAUGUACUGCGGUGAAAUACAGGUUGUGCAAAGUGAGGUUAAGAGGUUGCUCAAACUGGCCGAGAUUCUUGAGGUCACCGGACUGCGCCACGUUCCAACCAAUGUGAUGAACACCGAAGGAUUCAACGAUGUCAUGUCAAAGGAACAGAUGGAUGUCACGCCGAAAAAGACCGCCACGGUGUCGCGAUUAAAGCUCGAAGAAACCAGAAGUUCUUCCUCCAGCAGAAACACUGUCCCGGAACACGAAGUAAGCACAAAAGCACCAACUAAACCUACCUCACCAACAAAGUAUCCCACGAGGAUUUUAAGAACCGGACCGUACAAAACGUCACCUAAAGUUUCUUCUCAGGACACGACGAAGAAGAAAGAAGAUAUUAACAUAAACGAGCUCUCUCAGCGUCUGGAGACCAGCAAUUCCGGUAUCAUCUUAGACAUUAACGACAUACCAAGUACAAGUAAAGGACUGCCAAACAUAUCUUUGAAGAGAAAGGAAUCCUCGGAUCCCGCGAUCAGUUGGCAACAUGUAUUAUCCACAAUGUCUAACGACAAAUCGGUAUCUUUUAAGAAAUUACGUUGCAUCAUGGACGAGAUAGAGAUCACACCAGGAAAAUUACCCACCGAUAUGCCGGAAAAUAAACAAAACGCGCUGUUAGACAGAAGGAAAAUCAAGAAGAACCUCAGUGAAGAUCACAAUCCAAACAUAGUUCUUAUCAAGGACGAAAUCAACAUAUCUUCGGAAGAGGAAGACAUCGACAUGGAUCCACUCGAGGUUGACGAAGAUAUUGAAAAUGUAACAGCAGAAAGUAAUCCAAAAAACAGUUCUGUCCUUAACUACGUCCGUCGAUAAGUGUGCGCACAGGCUUUAGGCUAGUAUUACACUUUUUGUACGACAAAGAUUUUAUAAAACUUUAUCUGAUAGCCAAUCAACAUACUUAAAAUCUUUGUCGUACGACAAAUGUAAUAUUAGCCUUACUCCUGAAACAAAAACUUGAAAUAUUUAAUGUGAUAACUGUAGAUUUUUAUGAACUGAACAUAUAACUGUAAAUCUCAUUCUCCUAUAUAAUAUAUAAAUCAUAUGUUUUCCUACAUUAAUAUAUCAACUUAACACUUCAAUAUUUAUAUCAUAUUCUAAGUUUAUCAAAGUAUAAACAAUGAUAGAAAAGUGCUUCUAUAAACGGUUUUUAUAAUUUUUUUGUAAAAUAAAUUUAUCACACACAUGCUUUUCUUCAUGCUAGAUUGCUUAAAAGCAUCAGAAUUGAUAAACUUUAAUUUAUCAAAUUUGAAAGAUCAAUUUAAUUUCCAAAUUUUAAUUGGUAAACAGUUGUUUAAAUUAUUGAAUGAAAUUAUUAUUUUGAUCUUUGCACAUUUGUUUUUGUUUUUAAGAGAAAUUCUAGCUUUAUGAAGAAGAACAUUGUGUGCUGCGCAAGCUCAAGAUAUAUGGUAAUAUGACAGAAUAUAUCUUUACUCAUGAAGUUGUAUUUUUUAUUGUUGAAACAUUUGUUAUGCAACUUUUUCUGUAAAGGCAUUUUCUGUGUCACUGCUUGUAAGUUUUUUGUUUUUGUGUGAGAGAACAAGAUUUUAAAUAUUUAAUUAUAAACACCGCUGUAAUCGCUGUUUUCUGAGUUUAAACAAGUCGAGUUGAUUCCAUUUUCAUAAUGAAAGUAUACAUGAUCGCAGGAGAAAAAUUGUUAUACACACUUUUAUAUCUAUAUAACUAAACUUAUUUGGUCAAAUAUACGUUAAUUUUUCAUGUAA